UGUCCUCCCCCUCCCUUCCGCGCGGGCGCAGUGGCGCUGGCCGGCCGCAGGCGCGCGCACCUCCCCCUAUAUAUAAGGCGCGCUCCCGCGCGCGCCCUAUUAGUCCCGUACGCGCCCCCGCGUUGUGUGGGUUCGUCGCGGCCGCGCUCGCCGCCGCCAUGGGGAGGAAGUCGAGUAAAGCCAAGGAGAAGAAGCAAAAGCGCCUGGAGGAGCGAGCGGCCAUGGACGCAGUCUGUGCCAAGGUGGAAGCCGCCAACAAACUCGAAGAUCCCCUCGAAGCAUUCCCAGUUUUCAAGAAAUACGACCGGAACGGUUUGAACGUCGCCAUCGAGUGUAAACGCGUCUCCGGGCUGGAGCCCGCCACCCUCGAGUGGGCCUUCGAGCUGACCAAGACCAACAUGCAGACGCUGUACGAGCAGAGCGAGUGGGGCUGGAAGGAGCGGGAGAAGCGGGAGGAGCUGCGGGACGAUCGGGCCUGGUACCUCAUCGCCCGCGACCCUGGCGCCGGCCCCGUCGCCUUCUCCCACUUCCGCUUCGACGUCGAGUGCGGCGACGAGGUUCUCUACUGCUACGAGGUGCAGCUGGAGAGCAGGGUCCGGCGGCGAGGGCUGGGCAAGUUCCUCCUACAGAUCCUCCAGCUGGUGGCCAACAGCACGCAGAUGAAGAAGGUGAUGCUGACGGUGUUUAAACACAACCACGGCGCCUACCAGUUCUUCCGAGAAGCGCUCCAUGCGCUGGCAACGUGCCGGGGCCGGGCGACGCGGGCAGGCGGGGCAGGGGCAGCCGAGAGAGAUUCGAGGUGGACGCCGCCUCCCCCAGCGUCUCCGGCUGCUGCGGGGACGAUUCCUCCUACGAGAUCCUCAGCCGACGCACCAAGUUCGGGGAGAGUCACCCCCACCCCGGGGGGGGACACUGCGGGGGUUGCUGUCACUGAGCCUCUCCCCCACCGCUUUCUGGACCCAAAUCGGAUGGUUUUACCCCAAAACCACCACCUCGCCUCGGAAACGGGUAACCGGCCCGGUUGUAAACCCUGCUUCCGGUCGCCGAAUGGCUGACGGGGUCCCCCCUCCCCGUCCAUCCCCCUCCUUUGGGGGGGGUGGGGGGCUUAUUUGGGGGGGUGGGGGGGGGGGUGUUCAUUUUGGGGCUGGGAGGGGAUUUUUGCCUGUUUUGGUUGUUUCUGGUGCCUCGCGGGAGUCGAGGCCCCUCCUUCCCCCCCUUUGUUGUUUGGUUUUUUUUUUUUUCCAGCUAUUUUGUUUGUAUGUAACAAAUAAAUAAUAAAAAUUUAAUCUGGU